GCAUCCCGAACAGUUCUGAAGCGCAUGAAGAUUCUUGGAUCUAAGCAGAUAAUGAAUGUUGUAUUGUUCGAUACAGAGGAAGAAGUUCUAAAACGGAUGAAGAUCCUUGGAUCUAAGCAGAUCAUGAAUGUUGUACUGUUCGACACAGAGGAAGAAGAAUCAGAACUAAAUGCACGUUAUUCGGAUGUCUGCAAUAAUCUCCUACAAGCUAUUGAUAAGAAUUUACCGGGAGCUGAAGAAUCUGAAACGUCUAGCGCGAGUGGAUCAUCUGAAGACGAGAUGGACGAUGAAGAAACUGUACAUGAUAAGAAGACGAUGUAA